AUGGCGGAGGCAUCUAAAGAAAGUUCUCCACCAUCUGUGUUUGUGAACUCAGAACCAAUGCGAGAGGACGAAGUGCAAAAUGCUGUAAAGUUCCUUUCACACCCGAGAGUUAGGGGAUCUCCGGUCAUAUAUAGACGAUCCUUUCUUGAGAGGAAGGGCCUCACGAAGGAGGAGAUAGAUGAAGCCUUUCGCCGUGUGCCUGAUCCGACCCCAACUAUUUCCAAUGCGCCGACAACUGUUACAAAUCAAGAUUCGCAUGCGAAGUCUUCAGCAAAUAUUAAUCCACAGACUCCAAGUCAAAGUCUGCAGCCUGCAGUAGUCACUCCGGCUGGUGUCAUUUCUAAAGUAGGAACCUUUUCCAGAUUCCACUGGUCCCAUGCUCUUCUUGCUGUAGGAGUACUGGCUGCUUCAGGAGCUGGAGCAGCUGUACUUUUUAAGAAAACUAUCAUUCCUACUUUGAAGUCUUGGAUUCGCAAAGUUGUAAUGGAAGAAGAAGAGGAUCCUGUGGCCAAAUCAAACUCAAAACCAAGUUUGACAGAGGAAGCUGCUGCUGCUGCAAAAGCUGCUGCAGCUGCAGCUGCUGAAGUGGCACAGGCAAGCCAGGAAAUGUUGGUUUCAAAAACUGAAGAGAAUAGAUACUUCAAGGAACUUAUGGAUCUGUUAGGUGUGCAAGUACGGGAAAUGAAGUCAAUGAGUAAAGCCAUACAGAAGUUGGAAGGACAAAGUAAUACCCCUAGAAGAAUAUCUAUUGCUGAACAAGAUGAUCAUAGAGUCUCAGUCUCAAGGCAAUCAUAUGCAAAUGGCAAUGCGGACUUUGACUUGCGUUCAGGGAGAUCUUCAUCUCCACCUGCCACUGUGGAAUCCUCUGUUGCACCUCACCCAAAGUCAUAUGCAGAGAGCGUGGCAAUGGUUCAAAGAGGAGAGAGACCUCCUAACAUUAGAAAGAUCAAUGAUCUACCAUCCAAUCCUAAUCAGCCAGUGUCUAUUCCUCACAUAACACCCAGACCUCAGCCUUGGGAGUUCGGUCUAGCUCAGAAUACCUCAAACCAUGUGCUUCAUUCUCAAGAAAGUAGUGAUGGCUUGGACUCCAUUUUUCAGGACAAUGGACUCGGUAAUCAGUUGAAUGGAGACAGUUCAGUGCCUUGGUGGCAACGAAAAAAUGUCAGAAUCACAGAAAUUGAAAGUGAAGAUGAACACAAGACUGGGUCUUCUAGUGUGCUAACCAAUGGCCGACCAGUUCAACGCUCGUGGGUUCCUCCCCAGCCACCUCCUGUGGUAAUGCCAGAAGCAGCUGCAGCCAUUCGACAGCCAAAAAAAUCAUUAAUUCAAAAAGAAGAAUUGACAGAUGAUCAGUUACUGGCCCGUUCUUCAGAUAUAACCGAUGAGUUGCAAAGGAUCACAAAAAUAUCAGAGUCAGGAGGUGUAGAAGAGACUAAUGGUGGGAUCUCUGAGCUGAACAGAAAUGAGAUACAAAACGAAGACAACUCUUACAUUGAGACUUGA